GUUUAAUUGUUGGCAUUCACCGGUUCUCUCUGCAACGCGGGCUGCCGCAAGAAGCAAGCGUGGUUUUUGCUAACACGUGGUGGAAGAGAUGGGACGACCAGGCUUCACUCCUCGAGGUGAUCGUGGCGGCAGAGGUGGCCGCGGUGGCUUUGGUGAUCGUGGCGGAGGCGGCGGAGGUUUUGGCGGCCGUGGAGGUUUUGGGGGUCGUGGCGGCCGAGGUGGUUUCGGCGACCGUGGUGGUGAUCGUGGCGGCCGAGGUGGUUUUGGCGACCGUGGUGGUGAUCGUGGCGGCCGAGGUAGUUUCGGCGACCGUGGUGGAUUUGGUGGUGGCCGCGGAGGACGGAGCAGUUUCGGCGGCGGCGACGGAGAUGGUGGUGGACGUGGUGGCUUUAGAGGCCGUGGAGGCUUUGGAGGUCGCGGUGGUUUCGGAGGUCGUGGUGGCUUUGGGGGCCGUGGUGGAAGAGGGGGCGACAGGGGUGGCAGAGGAGGUGGACGAGGCCGUGGUGGCGGAGGACGUGGUGGCUUCAGGGGAGGCAAGAAAGUUUUUAUUGAGCCUCACAGGCAUGAAGGUGUCUUUAUUGCACGUGGAAAAGAAGACGCCCUUGUCACCAAGAACCUCGUGGUCGGAGAGUCUGUCUAUGGAGAGAAGCGAAUUUCAGUUGAGGAGAAUGAGGUGAAGAUGGAGUACAGGGUAUGGAACCCCUUCCGGUCCAAGUUGGCUGCAGCCAUCCUUGGUGGUGUGGACCAGAUACACAUGCCACCAGGCUCUAAGGUGCUCUACCUGGGAGCGGCCUCUGGCACCACUGUCUCCCACGUGGCAGACAUCGUCGGGCCGGAGGGCCUGGUCUACGCUGUCGAAUUCUCUCACAGGUCGGGUCGUGACCUCAUCGGCGUGGCACAGAAGAGGACAAAUGUGAUCCCCAUCAUUGAGGACGCCCGCCAUCCACACAAGUAUCGGAUGCUCGUUGGCAUGGUAGACACCAUCUUUGCAGACGUUGCUCAGCCUGACCAGGCGAGGAUAGUUGCUAUAAAUGCUCACCACUUUCUCAAAAAUGGUGGGCACUUCGUCAUAUCCAUAAAGGCCAAUUGCAUCGAUUCCACGGCUGAGCCAGAGGCUGUGUUUGCUGGUGAAGUCGAGAAACUGAAGCAGGAGCGGCUAAAGCCGCAGGAGCAAAUCACAUUGGAGCCCUAUGAGAGGGAUCAUGCUGUGGUCGUUGGCAUGUACAGGCCGCCGAAGAAAUCUGAAGGAUGAUUCCCGGGACCCGGUGCAUUGCUGUUUUUAUUUUCUUUGUUUUUAUCGUAUCGCACCAGAAUUGCAAGGCGUGCUACGUGUCUGCAAACUGUAAUAAACCCAUAUUUUCACCAAA